GCGGUCACGUGUCAGUCAUGCGGAAAGAAGAACCGGAAUUAAAUUUCUCUGUUAUUGUUUUUUUUCCUCCCGUUGCACUAAAAAUACUUAGGAGGAGAAACUUUUGGUGGCGUUUUUACUCUAAAACAACCUCUUAAUCCGUCUUUUGUGAGUUUUUUCUACCCAAAUGAGAGAAAAUCGCCUCUGAACGAAGAGACGGUGACGAUGGGCUCUGCCGUGGAGAGGACGGACGAGCACGUGAGGGAGUACCUCAUCUACCGGGGCUUCACCAGCACGCUGAAGCAGCUGGACGGGGAGAUCAAAGCCGACAAGGAGAAAGGUCUCCGGGUGGAUAAGAUCAUGGAGCAGCUGCAGCAGCUGGUCCAGGCCUUCGACCUGAACGGCCUCAAGCAGUACUGGCUGUACCUGGACCGCCGGCUCUUCUCCCGGCUGGAGGACGUGUACCGCUGCACCGUCAGCAAGCUGCGCACCAGCCUGUUCCGCUACUACGUGGUCAGCAGCAUCCAGAGGGGGAACCCCGAGCGCACCCAGGAGUUCUUCCAGAGGCAGGGGGCGGAGCUCCAGGGCCAGGCGGAGUGGCGUGAUUGGUUCUCGCUGGCCUUCCUGCCGAACCCGGAGCAGCACCCGACCUUCGCACCGUACUUCUCCCGCCAGUGGGCCGACACCUUCCUGGUGUCGCUGCACAACUUCUUGUCGGUGCUCUUCCAGUGCAUGCCCCAGCCCGUCCUGCUGAGCUUCGACGCCGAGGUGCAAAGGAUGACGGGCCUCAGCGAGGACAACGAGGAGCUGCGCCAGCAGCUGUUUGCCCUGCAGACGGAGACCCGGGACCAGCAGCGGGACCAGCAGCGGGACCAGCUGGUCCUCCACAAGCUGCCCUCCUACGUGCAGCACAUGGACCGGCUGGGAGACACCGAGCUGGAGCUGGUCUCCAGCCAGCGGGCUGCUGCCGCCACCGCUAAUGCUAACGCCCCCCCGAGGAACAACUUCUUCUCCUCCUUCCUGCCCCAGGGCCGCCGCCUCCCCCCGGGGGGGAAGCCUCGCCCCCCCUCCCCGGGCCGGAGAGAGGAGCAGCCGGCAAAGAUUCAAGCGAAGGUUGAAGCAGCGAUCUCCCAGCAGCCCCCGGGGCAGGGGCAGGCGGGGAGCCAGCCGGCCAAUCAGACGACGAGACACAGGAGGGUCCAGGACCACGAGAAGGAGAGGAAGGAGCUGCUGGCCAAGCCCCGCCCCCAGACCCCAGAGAGACGAGGUGGGGACCCCCCACCCUCGUCCCCCUCGUCCCCCCCCUCGGACCUGGGCGACCCCUCCGACCCCGCCCCUCCGCCCCCCUUCAUCAAGCUGAGCCAGGAGGAGUUCGGGGAGCACCACUCCUCCAUCAUGCACUGCAGGGUGGACAGCUCCGGACGGCGGGUCGCCAGUUUGGACGUGGACGGAGUCAUAAAGGUGUGGUCCUUCAACCCCAUGAUGCAGACCAAGGCCACCAUCAUGUCCAAGUCUCCCCUGCUGUCCCUGGAGUGGGCGGCCAAACCGGAACGGCUGCUCCUGCUAGGCAGCGGCGUGGGCACGGUCCGCCUCUACGACACGGACGCCAAGAAGAACCUGUACGAGAUGAGCAUUGACGACGCCCACCCCCGGAUUCUGUCUCUGGCCUGCAGCCCCAGCGGCUCCUCCUUCGUCUGCUCGGCCGCCGCCCUGACACGCCCCCCCGGGGGCGGGGCCUCCCAGCUCCAGGGGGGCGGGGCCUCCUCGGUCCCCGGCCAGCUGCUGCUGUGGGACACCAAGACGGUCAAGCAGCAGCUCCAGUUCUCCCUGGAACCGGAGCCGGUGGCCGUCAACUGCACGGCGUUCAACCACAACGGGAACCUGCUGGUGACGGGGGCCGCCGACGGCGUCAUCCGCCUCUUUGACAUGCAGCGCUACGACAGCGCCAUGAGCUGGAAGGCUCACGACGGCGAGGUCUACAGCGUGGAGUUCAGCUACGACGAGAACACCGUGUUCAGCAUCGGCGAGGACGGCAAGCUGAUCCAGUGGAACAUCCACCGCUGCGGCGGGAAGCAGUCGGAGACGCUCCUCCCCCCCGACGCCACUGGCCCCUUCGUCCUAUCAGGCUACAGCGGCUACAAGCAGGUCCAGGUUCCCAGAGGCCGGCUGUUCGCCUUCGACUCAGAGGGGCGUCACAUCCUGACCUGCUCCGGCAGCGGAGGCCUCAUCUACCGGGUGACCAAUGGCGAGCCGGCGUUGGAGCGCGUGCUCGCGCUGGGCGGCCACCGCGCGCCCGUGGUGACGGUGGACUGGUGCUCGGCGCUGGACUGCGGCACGUGCCUGACGGCGUCCAUGGAUGGGCGCGUGCAGCUCAGCACGCUGCUGGCGCAGUGACGUGUGGGGGGGGCGGGGUUUGGGGGGUC